ACUGCUCGGAGCUCACUUACUCAGCAGACAAGAAGCAGACAAGAAGCCCACUGUGACUUCACAAUGGGCUCCAUUUCUCAAGCAAUUAAUGAACUGGGCCUUGAUCUUUACAAUGAACUGAACAAAAAUGCUGCAGACAAAAACAUCUUCUUCUCCCCUAUGAGUAUCUCUACUGGCCUGGUCAUGGUCCUGUUGGGUGCCAGAGGUAACACUGCUACUCAGAUGCAAGAGGUUCUUCAUUUGAAUAGAGCUGCAGGAAGUGCAAAUCUUGGAACUAGGCCUGUCUCUGAAAGUGGGACAACAGAAGCUGAGCCAGAAUAUCUCAAUGAAGGGCAAUAUCAUCAACUUCCUCAAUUCCCAAAGCCUUCUCCUUCACGAUGUGACUUGGUUGGAGGAAUCCACACAGAAUUCCAGACACUCCUUUCCCAACUGAAAAAUCUCAACAAGAGCUAUGUAUUGAGUCUGGCCAACAGUCUGUUUGCACAAAAAGGGUAUAAUUUUCACCAGCAAUAUUUAGAAUGCACUAAGGAAUUAUAUGGAGCAAUGCUGCAAACAGUUGAUUUUAAAAGUGCUACGGAAGCAGCCAGACAGACGAUAAAUUCCUGGGUUGAAAGCAAGACACAAGGUAAAAUCAGGGAACUCUUUGUUCCUGGUAUUAUUGACCCAACCGCUGUGCUGGUGCUAGUGAAUGCAAUCUACUUCAAAGCAACCUGGGAAUACAAGUUUGAAGAAAAACACACAAUGCUAAGAGACUUUAGGAUAAACCAGAAUGAGAGCAAAUCUGUGCAGAUGAUGUAUCAGAAAGACAGAUUUAAAAUUGCCCACAUACAGGAGAUGAAUGCUCAGAUUCUUAUGAUCCCAUAUGCUGGAAAAUCACUGAAUAUGAUCAUACUGCUACCCGAUGACACCACUGGUCUGGAACAGGUUGAAAGGGCAAUGACUUAUGAGAAAUUAACACGCUGGACUUCCUUGGAAAGUAUGAGAGAUAGGGAAGUGGAGGUGUAUUUGCCCCGGUUCAAACUUGAAGACACCUUUGAGCUCGACAUACCUUUACAAGAGAUGGGGAUGAUUGAUGUCUUUAAGGAAUCAAAAGCUGAUCUCUCUGGAAUGGCUCCCUCACGGAAGCUGUUUCUGUCAAAGGUUGUCCACAAGGCCUAUGUGGAAGUUAAUGAGGAAGGCACUUUGGCAGCAGCUGCUACAGGAAGUGUUGCUGUUAACAGAUCCCAUCUAUCUGGUGAUCUGUUUAUGGCUGACCAUCCUUUCCUUUUCUUUAUCCAGCACAAUCCCACCAAUACCAUACUCUUCCUUGGAAAACUCUGCUCUCCUUGAAAUCAAGGCAAUUUUCUACCUCAGCAAGCACAACAGAUUAUAUUAUAUUCUUCUACCCUGAAAUACUGGGACAGGUUUAUUUUCUUAGUGCUUUUAUAAUCCUUUGAAAUAACAAGCUAGGAAUUUUGGUGAUAGCUUUCUAGACCCCUUCCAUAGAGAGGAGAGAAUUAGGGUCCAUAUCAGGGGCACAGGCCACUCCCACAAAGCAGAAUCCCUUUCACUAACAUAGGUCGGCAGUUCAGACUGAGCUCAAACUCAAGAAGUACUUGGCAUAGCACCUUCAUGCUUCUGAUCAGGGCAUUUAGGAAGUGCGGGGCCCAAUUUGAACAUUUUAGGCGGGGCCCCGACAUGGAUGAUUAAAAAAAAAAA